CAAUUGCUGCAACUAGUCCGUUGCACGUCGUCGUCGUCGUAGUGUCGUCGUGUAUUCGUAUGUUCUCUUGAUUUUUCUUUUUUAAUUAUUGUCAUAAUACAACAAAAUUAAUUAAUAAUAAUUUUGAAUGUUUUUACUGAGAUAACCUUACGGACAUUUUCCAUGUUUUGUUUUUAUUUUUUAUUUUUAAAUUAAAUUUCUAUCUUUUACUCUCCAUAAUUAUAUUAUAUUUUAUUUCAAAACGUAUUUUGUUAUAAAAAUUAAAGCAAAUAAAAAGAAAAUAAAUCGUGAACAAAAUAAAAAGAAAGCAAAAAUAUAUCUGUGUAUACAUAUUUAGAAAAAUAAAAUAAAAAUAUCAAAUUCUCUUCUUGUUGAUUAUUGAUUAUAUUAUCUGCUAUAAUUUCUGUUGUUGGAUCCAAUAGAUGAAAGAAUGUGAAUUCUCUUGCAUGAGUGAAGGAAUGAAGGAAGAAAAUUGUGUUCUCAAUAAAAAGCAAUUUAAAGUGAAAAAGCUAUAAUUAUAAAAUUAUAUAUAUUACAUAUCGUGAAACGGGAAUUAUUCGGAUACAUAUCAUACAAAAAUAAGAAAAUAUAAUAUACAUAUAUCUGAUCGCGGAACGUACAAAAAUAAAAGGAAAACGAGUGAAAAAAAAAGUUUAUUUUGUUUUUCUUAUUUUAUUAUUUAAAAAAAAAUCAAAUCGAAUAAAGGAGUUCGCCGCGAGGAAGGAGAUAUUUUUCGGCGAAAAAAAAAGAGAAAAACUGUGGAAUUAUUUCCAUAAAGAAAAAAAGAAAAAAACUCAACAUCAAUCUCUCUUCAACUUCCAAUUAAUACAAAACAAGGACACAAUAUUAUUUUGUUGUUACUUUAAGCUUUCGAAUGUAAAUCCUACAUAUCAAAAUUAAAAAUAAUCAAAUUAAUUUAAUUACAAAUAAAAUAUCCUUUUCAACCAAAAAGUGCUUUAAAUAUCAAAAUUCAAUUUAAAACAAAAAAGAAAACUUAACUGAGCAGUUGUAAUUAUAAACAAUUAAGAAUUUAAUUCGAUAAUAAAAUUGUUAUUCUCGUUGUAAUAAAGAAAACCCCAAAUUGUUACACGAAUGUAAAAAUACUUGCUCGUGCCAUUGCCACCUAAGGAUAUAUAAGUUUCAAAGUGCCCUAUCAAAUCGCGCUUCAAUAAUAAAUUAUAAUUAUAAAUUAUAUAAAAAGUCAUUCGCUUAUACUUUUCAAUUUUGUUUAUAUAUCUUUUUGAUGUGAUAUUGCUUAAGUAAAUUUAAUUAAAUAUAUAAAAAAUCUAAAAUAAAAGUGAUUUAUGUAAUAAACAGCAAUUAAAAGUUGUUGUUAACGCACACUAAAUCUUAAAUUAAAAUAACGAAGACAAAGAAAAGCAAAGAAAUAUACAAAAAAAAAACAUAUCAUCUAUCGAUCGAGUGUGAUACAAUUUAAAUUUAAUUGCAUCAGUUUUAAUCGAUAAUGCAAAUACGAUAGAUCGAUGUUACCAAUGCAUUUUAUGUCCCUCCAUGUUCAUGUUUCAAAGCAACAAACAGAAAAAAAAAGACAAACUAUGGUUUGCAUGCCAAACGCGAUUUCAGCAGUACAAUCAAGACAUCGAUGUAAUGCCAAGUGUGCAACCACAGCGGCGUCACCCUCAACAUCUACUCCGCCCUCAGCAACAGUAUCAGACGGCACAUCAGCUGCUACACCAACAACAACAACAACAACAACAACAACAUCAACCUUUGAUACUGGAUCCACGGGAAACGCCUCCACCGCAAUAUGGUCAAAUGAAUUUCUCUGGAAGAAGCUGCUGCAGCAUGAGUUCAAUGCUGAUGGAGAACAGCGGGAACAACAGCAGCAGCAGCAGCAAUCAACAGCUACUGUAUCCAAUGAACACACCUCCGCAAUGUGUGUGCUCGAACAGCUGUUUUGGAAGCGUCGCCGACGAAGUGUCAUAUGCAAUGGAACUGGAAUCCGGCUCGGAGGAAAUGAGCAUCGAGCAGGAUUACGAAACCAAGAUAGGUGGCUCUUAUUGCGAAAGUUAUGGAGACAAUUCAACCGAUUGCAACGAAGGAGACGACUACGAUCAUCAAUAUUCCAACUUGUCGGCGAAAGCGACGAGAGCAAUGAUCGGCGAAUUGAACGCGGACCGACUGACGAAUUGGCAACAAAACCAGAAUCUGGCAUUUCAUCAAACGUCAAUAGCAACAACAACAAAAACGAACAACAAGUCAACUGGGACCACGAUAGCGGGAAGUGUUUUACGGAGUUGCUGUUACACCGCUGGGGAUUCUAUUUCGAACGAAUCAACUGGCAGCAACUGUCACCACCCACCACAUCCCAAUCAAAACUUUUCUCACAAUGCGAUGGCAGCGCCAUCAUCCACAACUGUAACCUCGGCGAUAACUGCAACAGCAGCAAAUGUUUUUCGAAAUUGUUGCCGAGGUGUUGGGUCCCAGUCAAACGAAUCGAGCAUAGGGAACUAUCCCGAGCUGCCUCAUCAGAACAAUCGCAAUUUUGCUCUCAACAACAACAACAACAGUGCUUUUGGCAACAACAACAACAACAAAAACAACUUCAACUUCUACGAACAAAAAACCACAGCAUCAACCCUUUUAUCGAGCGACUCUUCUGGUACGUUAAAAGUAAAAGAACUAUUCAAAGCCCUUAUGAAAAAGCUAAAAGAUCCCCAAUUAGAUACCCUAUGUCAAGUUGUCGAAAACCGUUUGAACGCCGCGAACGCCGGUACCGACGCGAACAACAGCGGCAGCCUUUCCGUUUGGCGCCGUCAAAAUCAAAUCAAUCGACCGUCGCAUCAACCCUCGACAUGUGUUCUUGUACCGCGCGAAUCAAUCGGAGGCGAGGAGCCAAAUGUGAUUGCCUGUCGGUUAUGGUUAUGGCCGGACUUGCGCGAUUCAACGGAAUUGAAACGAAUACCAAUGUGUCCGAAUGGCAAGGAAAAAGUUUACGUUUGCUGCAAUCCAGCACAUUGGAAUCGGAUACUAAUACCAGAAGCUGCACCUCCGCCUUAUCAGCAAUCAGUAAUGGACAGACUGAAACCCGAAGACCGUGCUCCAAGCGAAAACCUAAAAGACGGAGGUCUAUCCACAGUCAGCAGUACCACCACUGGUCGACGAGUUCAAAUUCCAGAAUCAUUCACCACUAACGGCGAAGAUCACUCAUCGACAUCUCCAACAUGGUGCCAAAUAGCCUAUUGGGAAUUGGCGCAACGUGUUGGCGACCGGUAUGAGGCUAAAAACUCCACAGUUAAUAUCUAUUCAGAAGGCAGCGGUGGAAUGUGUUUAAAAGAUUUGGCCGACAAAAAGUUCACAGCAACAUCAAGUUCUGUGCAAAAAACAAGACAAAAAAUUGGUUUAGGUAUUACUCUUAGUCAGGAAGCAGAUGGCGUUUGGUUGUACAAUCGUUCAGAAGCACCAAUAUUCGUACAUUCUCCUACAUUAAACGAUGAUUGCCGGCAUGUUUCCAAAGUGCCACCAGGUUAUUGUUUAAACGCCUUCGAUAUAAAUAGGGCUCGAACGCAAAAACUGGUGUGCUCACCUCAAAUAGCUGGUGCUCAAACAGGUCCAAUUGACACAUUUAGCAUGCAAAUUAGUUUUGCCAAAGGUUGGGGUUCAAAAUAUCGUCGAACCGACAUAACCGCCUGUCAUUGUUGGCUGGAAGUACUUUUUGCGAGACGGUGACAGUUUGUUAAUGGUUUCCAUACACUUAAAUCACAAUCAUCGUUAGGCAAUGGAAAUACAACAACAACAACAACAAUUGUCGGUUUUUCUUGUAAAAGUGACGUUGCUGUCACUAAAACUAAUGCUGCCAUCUCUACCGUUGAUGUUGAUGCCGCCACAGCCAAAGCCAUCGCCACCGCUGCUAACACUAAAAUAACUGUUAACAAUAAUUGUAACAGUAAUAUCAGUGACAAUUUAUGUUAUUGCAGUAGCUGUCAUUGCAAAUGCACUUCAAAUCGAAUUUUAUGCACCAAAGUAGCAACAAAAACACGCUUAAAGCCUUUGUUGUCGUUAUCAUCAUUAUCGAAGAAACGAAGUUUGCGAAAAAUUCACACAAAAUUUGCAACAAUUUUAAAACUUUGCUGGAAGAGGUUUGUGUAGUUUAAACAAAAACUUAAGUUUUUUGUUUUGUUUUUCUUUUUUUAAUUUAAAAAAAAAAAUAUUUAAAAAAAAAAUUAAAGAACUGGAAAGUUAAAUUAUUAAAUGGUUUUUCCAUAGAAUAUAUAUAUCUCAACAAAGUUUGGCUAUAGAAACACUCACAUACUCAUUGCGAGAAAUUAUAUAAAACAAAAACAAAAACAAAGAGAGAGAGAGAGAAAGAAAAAAAACGAAAAAGAUAGAGCUAAGAAAAAGGAGUAUUGUUAACAUUUUUCUAUUGUUAAAACAAAAAUUGAUUACAAAAAAAGUGCCCCUUCAUAAAA